AUGAUGCGACAGAAAUUAUUACGGAGUGCGAAGCCCACGGCUGGCCGACUUCUCACUAAUUGCCCCGCGCAGAGAUCAUUCGCUGCCACCGCCCGAGCCUCCGCCGAGGUCGAGGUCACCAUCGAUGGGAAAAAAAUCAUGAUCGAGCAGGGUUCGGCAUUGAUCCAAGCUUGUGAGAAAGCCGGAGUUACCAUCCCCCGGUACUGCUACCAUGAAAAACUCAUGAUUGCUGGUAACUGUCGUAUGUGCUUGGUCGAGGUAGAAAGAGUGCCCAAGCCGGCUGCCUCAUGUGCAUGGCCUGUUCAAGCCGGCAUGGUAGUUAAGACUAACACUCCCCUCGUUCACAAAGCCCGCGAAGGCGUGAUGGAGUUCCUCCUUGCCAACCACCCUCUCGACUGCCCUAUUUGCGACCAGGGUGGUGAAUGCGACCUCCAGGAUCAGUCCAUGCGUUACGGAGGCGACCGCGGUCGUUUCCACGAGAUUGGAGGAAAGCGUGCUGUUGAGGAUAAGAACAUUGGUCCUCUUAUCAAGACCUCGAUGAACAGAUGUAUUCACUGCACCCGUUGCAUCAGAUUCGCGAACGAUGUUGCCGGUGCCCCGGAGCUAGGAUCUACAGGAAGAGGAAACGAUAUGCAGAUCGGCACCUACCUCGAGAAGAACCUCGACUCUGAGCUUUCCGGAAACGUCAUUGACCUUUGCCCCGUCGGUGCCCUCACCUCAAAGCCAUAUGCCUUCCGUGCUCGUCCCUGGGAACUCAAGCCCGUCGAGUCCAUUGACGUCCUUGACGCUCUUGGCUCUGCCAUCCGUGUCGAUGCUCGUGGCCUUGAGGUGAUGCGUGUGAUCCCCCGUCUUAAUGACGACGUCAACGAGGAAUGGAUUAACGACAAGACCCGUUUCGCUUGCGAUGGUCUCAAAACCCAGCGUUUGACAAUGCCUCUGAUCCGUCGCGAUGACAAAUUCCUUCCUGCCACCUGGGAGCAAGUUCUUGGAGAGAUCCACGAAGCUCACCAGCGCCUCGCCCCUAAGGGAAAUGAGUUCAAGGCUAUUGCCGGACAUCUCAUCGAAGCUGAGUCCCUCGUCGCCCUCAAGGACCUUGCUAACAAGCUCGGCUCCGAGAACUUGACUCUCGACCAGCCCCAAGGAAACCUCCCUCCUGCCCACGGCGUUGAUAUCCGCAGCAACUACCUCUUCAACUCCCGCAUUAGUGGAAUCGAGGAGGCUGAUGCCAUUCUCUUGGUUGGAACUAACCCACGCCACGAGGCAGCAGUGCUCAACGCCCGCAUUCGUAAGCAGUGGCUACGUUCCGACCUCGAGAUUGGUCUCGUCGGCGAACAGUUUGAGGGAACCUUCGAGUACGAGCAUCUCGGCCAGGACGCUGCAGCGCUCAAGAAGACACUCGCCGGCCCCUUCGGCAAGAAGCUUCUCAACGCCAAGAGACCCAUGAUCAUUGUCGGCUCCGGUGUCACCGAGCACCAGGACGGCAGGGCCAUGUACGAAACCAUAGGUACCUUCCUUGACAAGAACAGCUCGAAGUUCCUUACUCCCGAAUGGAACGGUUACAACAUUCUCCAGCGUGCCGCAUCACGCUCUGCAGCCUACGAUAUCGGUUUCGUCCCACCAUCCCCAGAGACCGCCAAGACCACUCCCAAGAUGGUCUGGCUCCUUGGUGCCGACGAGAUUACCGAGGCAGAUAUCCCCAAGGGUGCGUUCGUCAUCUACCAGGGCCACCACGGAGACAUUGGAGCCCAGUUCGCCGACGUCGUUCUCCCCGGUGCAGCAUACACCGAGAAGAGCGGCACCUACGUCAACACCGAGGGAAGAGUUCAGCUUACUAGGGCCGCCACCGGCCUGCCCGGCGUUGCUCGCGAGGACUGGAAGAUCGUCCGCGCCACCGCAGAGGCACUCGGCGUAAACCUUGGCUACGACGACCUGAGCACUCUGAGGUCAAGGAUGGAGCAGAUCAGCCCUGCACUUACAAGAUACGACAUUGUUGAGGACACAUCAAUGAGCGCACAGGGUAUCAAGGUUGGACUUGUAGAGGCGAACAAGGGCGCGCCAGUAACGGGUGGCGUCAUGAGGAAGGUGAUAGAGAACUUUUACUUCACGGACGUCAUCUCUAGAAGCUCACCGACAAUGUCGAGGUGCUCGGCAGCAAAGAUGUCGAAAGCAGGUGUAGAGGCGGACCCAGCACCGGGUGAUGCUGCGUACGCUGCUAGCGGCUAG